GUGUUUUAGUUUAUCAACGAAUCUCAUCCACCGUGGAAGUGCGAAAGUGGUAAUCGCCGACGCGAUCAACCCGAGUAAAAAAGAGACGUGUGUUUGUUGUGACCUUUGUCCCUAGUGGGUGUUUUAAGUGUUUUUUUUUAAGUAGCGCUCAUAAAAUCUUACAAAAUGGAGGAUGAUGAGAAAAUGGACAUCAUGCGUAAGGCAUUCCAAAUGUUUGACACCCAAAAGACCGGUUUCAUUGAAACACUCCGCCUCAAGACCAUUCUCAACAGCAUGGGUCAAAUGUUCGAUGAGAGCGAAUUGCAAGAUCUCGUCGAUGAGAAUGAUCCCGAAGAUACUGGCAAAGUAAAUUUCGAUGGUUUCUGUAAUAUUGCGGCACAUUUUCUCGAAGAGGAAGAUACUGAGGCUAUUCAAAAGGAAUUGAAGGAGGCUUUCCGUUUGUACGAUCGUGAGGGUAACGGUUACAUUACCACAUCCACAUUGAAGGAAAUUCUCUCCGCUUUGGAUGAUAAACUCUCAUCAAGUGAUUUGGAUGGUAUUAUCGCGGAAAUCGAUACUGACGGUUCAGGAACUGUAGAUUUCGAUGAAUUCAUGGAGAUGAUGACUGGAGAUUAAUUCCCGUUAUGUACACCUACACGCGUACCUACUACCUAUGUAUAUACUUGUUUGUUGCACACACAUAUACUACACACGCACGCACGCACGCUCAUCUAAUGCACCCA